GACAUACUUUGAUUUGAAUUCGUUUCAAAUCAACGGUUCGUACUUAAAAAAAAAUUCUAAUUUUAUUUAUGCACUAAUUAUUUAUGCACUGGAGGGCCUGUUUUGGCGAUUUAAGUCAGUGGCUGAGAAGAAAAAGAAAAUUACAGAUGAUGACAUAAUAGCACCGAUGUCAGAUGAAGUUUUCCAGCCUCAAGUUGUUUGGCUGGUUGGUGACGCACAGAUUACAUGUGGAAGUCUUGGGCUCUCUACAGCAACUGUUAAGCUUAUUGACAUUGACGGUCAAGAGCAUAUUGCUUGUUCUGUUGGAACAGGACCUGUUGAUGCAGCUUACAAGGCAGUGGACCUCAUCGUAAAGGUACCUAUAACACUCCUCGAAUACUCCAUGAAUGCAGUCACAGAAGGUAUAGAUGCCAUAGCUUCAACCAGAGUGUUAAUCCGUGGUGAGGAUGACCUUACUGUAACGAAUGGUUCAGCUGGACAUACUCCUCAUCGCACAUUUAGUGGAACUGGAGCGGAUAUGGACGUUGUUAUCUCCAGUGUCCGAGCCUAUAUUGGUGCAUUGAACAAAAUGAUGAGUUUCCAAAAGCUGGUCUCGAGAUACAACAAACGCGAAGAUAGUGUGGUGGUAUAGUUGGUGGUGUGUGAUAAAGGAAUAAACUCCUGCCUCCAUCAUCUCUUGUCAAUUGUACAGAAGUAGGGAGCCUAUCCAACAAAAAUACGACUUGCCCGGAAGAAGUGGCAAUGAUAAAUGAAAAAUAUGAGUCGUCGUGCAUUUUCAUUUUCUCCUGCAUUCUCUCCACUCUUCUGCAGGUUGAUGUGCAGCUUGUAGUUUAUUCUGAGACAAAGCUUCAAUGUCUUAAUGUGUGAAAGUCAAUUAAGCUUUGUGUUGUACCAAUUAAUCACAGAUACUUUAUGUGGUUUAGCUCUUGUGCUUAUGCAUUGCUAAGUUAAGAGCUUCUCUUUGAAGUUAAUUACAGAAAUUUCUGAGGUUCUCCUCUAAUCACGUAGUCUUUCUGAAUGGUUUUUAAAAUGUCAAAGAACUGUUUUAUUGUUAA